GAGAAAAUAAGUAUUUAAUUUUAUUCAGCAAAAGUGAAUUCCUGCCUACAAGCAUGGAUUACCAAGUCCAGACCCAACAGCCCGUGCCUGGCGGGAUGAACUCUGUGCAGGUGCCGCUGGUGCCGAUGCCGAGCUACAGCCCCGCGCUGGCCUACCUCUCGACCGUCGACCAGCUCGUCGUCAAACAGAAGAAGGAGCUUGUGGAGAUCGUGCUGGACUACGAGUCUGCAAACAAAUAUGAGGUGAAGAACAGCCAGGGACAGACUAUCUUCAUGGCGCUCGAGGAUUCGGACUUCUGCUCCCGCAACCUGUGCGGUAACAUGCGGCCUUUCGCCCUCAAGAUCAUGGACUGCAACCAAAUCGAAGUGAUGAAACUAGUCCGCCCUCUCGCAUGCUCGGGCUGCUGCUUCCCCUGCUGUCUCCAGACGAUGGAGGUCGAGUGCCCCCCUGGCACGGUCGUGGGCAGGAUCGAAGAGCCCUGGACCUGCCUAACUCCAAAGUUUGACAUCAAGAACGAGGCUGGAGAGACGGUUCUUUCAAUUGAGGGACCAAUGUGCCUGUGCAACUGUUGCAGCGACAUCGACUUCGAUAUCCUAUCAGUGGACGGCGAGACGAAGGUGGGCAAGAUAUCGAAGCAGUGGUCCGGUCUGAUGAAGGAAAUGUUCACCGACGCCGACCAUUUCGGCAUCAACUUCCCGCUCGACUUGGACGUCAAGGUCAAGGCCACGCUACUCGGUGCCCUCUUCCUCAUCGAUUUCCUGUUCUUCGAGCAGAGCAAAUAAGUCCGUCGCUCUCCGCAGCCGUCUCGCUCAAGUCGUCCGUCAGAGCAAACUUCUUUUCUUCCACAAAAAUCAACUGACUGCUCUGUCCAAGUUCGACGUUUGUGUUCCACAAAUAAUGUUGUCCGAUGUAUUCUCCGAGACAAUGUAUCCUCCGAGACAAUGUGUGCUCGGUGUGAGUAGCCCAAAGCAUCAGUGUUCAUCGCGGUCACACGCUCGAUGAAUGUGAAAGACUGCCUCGUGUAUACGCAGCGUGAAUGAGGAGCGUUAGUGAACAUGUCUUGGUGUAUAAGGAAUAAUGUUUUUAUUGUUCUGAAUAUUGCCGCCGAAAAUCCAAUCGCAAGUGUAUUUUUGUAUCUCAUGCGAAUAUGUCGUGCGUGUGUGUGUGUUUUAUAUAGAUUCAUUAGUUCGUAUUCAUCAUACAUUAUAGCUGAGGUCAUGAGUGCUGGCAACAAAGUUUCCCGUUCAUAUGUCAGCACUCGUGGUUUUAUUUUUCGUCCUGUUCUUAGUGCUUGUCCUGUUUUUAGUGCUUGUCCUAUUCUUCGUGCUUAUAAUUGUGCUUGGCCGAUUCAUUUCACUUUAUUUUACCAGCCUUUAGAUUAGAUUAUCACGGAUGAAUUUUAAUUAGAUUUCAUUUCCGCUAAUGUCCUGGCAGUGUUGCAAUAUUGACUACCGUACGAAAUAUUAUGCCAAAAGUCUAAUGUCUUUACAAAUGAAUAUUUGUAAAGACAUUACAAAUGACGUCGUAAGUAUCAAGGGUUACUAGCAUCAAAUUAUGGUAAUAGUGGAUGAUUCUUUCAAUAAAUACUCAGGGAUUUAAGAACUAUAGGCUUUAAUUUCAAAGCCGCCCAAUGAUAUACCUAGUUGAAUUGAUGUCAAAGUUUGAAAAUUUUUAACCUGAUUAAUAUUUACAAGCGAUUCGACGAAUUCUCGCGUCGUGCGGUCCAACAUAAAGAACAGUUCAGUUAUCGAGUUCAUUGUGAAGUGCAGCUCGCAUCGCCGCUUCGUCAAAUGCGUGUACUGCUUUAUCAGUCGUUACUGCUAUCUGUGGUGCGCAUGCGACCUAAAAUUCUAUUUACAUAUUUUUAAUUUCCGAGUACCUGCUAGCUAGAGAGCGUAGGAGGUUCCUGUAUUUGGACGGAUUGUUGCUAGGUGAGAACCGCAGGAUUCCGUGGCGUUUACCUGUAUGGUCGUUGAAAUAUCGUGAUUCAAGAUGAGUAGUCGCAGGUCUUGCAGUCUGAUGUCCCGUUGCGCUAUGAGCUCCCUGGUGUCAGGGUCGUUGAAGGGAGUGAAGUUCUUGCGGAAGCCGGCGGGGAUGUGGUGCUUCCCGCCAACCAAGAGAACCCUCCCUCUACCUUGCUUCUCUCUGUCAGUGUUAUUGGUGCCUACCUAAUUCACGCAAAAUUUUCUUAACAUAACUAAUU